GGGACGUAAUGCUCUCCCAUCGCUGCAGCUGCCGGGGCUCCUGCCUUUCACCACAGAAACAUGGCUGCCCCUGCCAGGACCAACCACAGACACCCGGCUCCUGCUGCUGCCGCCGCCGCCACUGACAGUCCGAGCUGCCGCGAGGAGCCACGGGAGAUGAUAACACCCACCAUCGUGGAGCUGACCAAAGAGGUGCGGACGAACAUCCUCUGCACCGUGAAGGGAUGUGGCAAGAUCCUCCCCAACUCACCUGCGCUCAACAUGCACCUCGUCAAGUCGCACAGAGUCCAGGAUGGUAUGGUCAAUCCCACGGUCAGAAAGGACAUGAAGGGCUCUCAGAGGCUGUACUCCUGUCCCAUCGAGGGCUGUCCCAGGGGGCCCAACAGACCCUUCUCCCAGUUCUCCCUGGUUAAACAACACUUUAUGAAGAUGCAUGCAGAGAAGAAACACAAGUGCUCCAAGUGUAACAAUGGCUACAGCACAGAGUGGGACCUAAAGAGGCACAUAGAGGACUGUGGAAAAACCUACCAGUGUUCAUGUGGGUGCCCCUAUGCCAGCAGGGCUGCUCUACUCUCACAUAUCUACAGGACGGGACACGAGAUUCCUACAGAACACAGAAUUCCUCCAGUAAAAAAGCGGAAAAUGGAGAAGCUUUUAAGUGAUUCUGAAAAGGUUAAGACCAGAGAGUCAGCCUGUCAGAUCAUGCCCACAACUAUCGAGAUGACGGCGACUACUCCCCCCUCUCAUACCACCAUUCACAUCCAAGACUCAGUGAGUCAGAACUCUAACCCUCGUAAGAGCCUCCAGAAGCUGCUUCUACCAAAGCCCAAGAUGGCAUUGGUUAGUGUUCCAGUGAUGCAGCUGGCCCACCUGCCCGUCCUCCUUCCAUCCACAGAAAGUGGUGCUCUGAGGUCUGUAGUGCUGGCAGUCGACAGCCAAGGUUCUGUCAGUACCCUCCAUCUCCUUCAACAAGCAACCGGAGCAGUAGUCCCCCAACUUGACACUAAGAGUCUUGGUUUCAAGGACAGCAUGCAGACUUCCUGUUCUAGCCUGGGGUUUGUUAGCACAGGAGUCCAGGUCAGUCUGGACUCUGUAGGCACUGAGGAGUCACUCGGCAGCCUGGCAGUACACCGGGGAAGAAGCACCUCAACUAACAUUCAGACGGACAAAUCGUACUUGUCGAAAAUGCCCACAGGGGUGGUUGUAGGAGAGGGGAUAGGCUUGUGCUCUGUGGUUGAGUCCUCUGUGUCGUCCUGCUCCCAAACAGACAUCAGCGUGAGUGCCCAGGUCCUCCUCCCAGUCAAUGUUGAAACCCAGACAUUCCCUUCCCAAGCCAAAGCCACCUCCUCUAUAGCAGCUCAGACAGACGGCCAGUGUCCUAGCUCAGUUCCUUGCUCCUCCUCAUCAUCUGUACUCCCACACAAAACCAGGCAAACACAGACACACUUUGCGACGCCACAAUCAGAGGAGAAGCCUCCGGAGCAAGGUAUCAUGUGCUCUGACCUAUUCGGCAAUGACUCCCUGAGCGUCUCUACCCAGACAGCUCUGGACAUACAUGACACCCUCACUGCUGCAGGAAGCAGUAUAUAUGAAGACUCAAAGUCAGCAGUGGGUAUGUGUUUUGGGAUGCAGACAGACGAGCUCAACUCAAACAACAUGGCUGACAACCAGACCCAAACGAUGACCUUGUUAAAUGACUUGGAGACUAUUCUGUCUAACAGUAUGUCCGGCCACCAGGUGCUCACAGAGGCCUCUGCAGCCUGUGGCUCAGGUAUGGGAUCCGUUCAGGAGCAUCACAGUGGCAUAGACUUUGACUUUGAAGAGUUCCUCAAUGCUGUGCAUAUUCAGACGCAGACAGAGGAGAGUGAGCUGGGAGGACUGGGCAGUGACACGCCUCUGGAGUCUCUGGACAUCCAUACCCAGACUGACUUCCUCCUGAUGGAUGAAUUGAACCAAAGCGAGGGACCAAGUCGCACCCAGGUCAGCGAUCUGGAGCUAUUUGACACACAGACUCAGACUGACCUCAAUUUCCUGCUCAACGCCGGAAGCCAGAUGCCCCUGAGCAGCAUCCUGCGACAUUCAAGCUUUUCCAUCAGCACAGAGUCCUCAGAUACAGAAACACAGACAGAUAUCCCUUCAUUUGCCGCUGGCCUCUCUGCUCAGGCCCCUGUCAGUCAGGGGGACCAUGCUAGGCUACUGAACAGCACUGAGACGCAGACUGUGACGAGUCAGGCCGAAGGCUUGGGACACCUCUUUCUGACCAGCAACGAAACACAGACUGUCAUGGAUGACUUCAUGUCUGCAGACCUGGCCUGGAAUAUGGAGUCCCAUUUCAGCUCUGUGGAAACCCAGACAUGUGGAGAGCUGUAUGCUCUCUUUGAACACACUGAGAAACCCAACAGUUGAAGCCCUCAUUGUGAAGCUGCCUACAGCUUUUGCAGAACAGGCUUCUAGUUUCUGCCUCUUCUUACUAGAGGAGUAGUCCUCUGGCAGAUACUAGUCUUAGCAGUAAGAAGUCUGUAGAGAUAUAUCUGAUCAUUCCACUGGGGGCGUCAUGUCCAGCGCCUGCUCAGGUAUAGACCCUGACUGCUCCGCUGCACUUUAAUUCACUCAGUGGGCAUGGUUUAACAGCUCCUCUGACAGUUUACAUAUUUAUUUGCACAUAAAGUAACAUAUUUUAUGUGUCUUGUUUUAAAUGCAAGUUUACUUCUAUAUUUCAGUGUUUAACCACUGUGACUGGUUUCACUGUUGGGCCCUUCUGGUAGUUUAAAAAUAACAUUUCAUCAAUGUUAGAUCUGCACUUAAAAGGGAUUCCAUCUUUUGCUGUCAAAAUAAGGAUAUAAAAUAGUUUCAGCUAUAUCUUAGCCUUCAGACAUGCCUAAACUGCAUGAACAAAUUUUCAUCUGUUGUACAGUAUAUACAAUAUUGUACAGUUAGUUUAUGUAUGUUUGAAAAGUGCACUUGGUCAGCAGCACAAACGUGAAAUGAUGAUUCUCAGCUUGUGUAUCUGAUGGAAAACUCAUAAAUAUCUCCAUUAAGGCCUUUAACAAUGAUCUAAGGUGUUAAAGGCAUCUCUGAAAUAUACCUGUACUCAUGCAGAUAUGGCACAAGUCUAAAUUAAAUGUUCCCGUCUCGUCGGUUGUUGCACACGUUCCGUUUAAAUGUGAUUGUGAAGUAUGAUCUGUAAACUUGUUUUUGUGUCUGGGUCUGUGCAGCUGAGCAGUAAGUCAGUAGGAAAAUUAGGGUGUUGCUGUCUUUGACUUAUUCAUUAGCUGCAGAGUGUAAGUGUAUACAGUAGCAGUGCUCUGUGCUUCAGUGAUCCGUUUAUGUUCACUGUACAGACACAUUGUGGAUAAGAGCAAGAAUUAGCACAGAGCUAUUGUUUUUAUCCACCAUUGAUUUUGACUGAAGGGAGACCUGUUGAAUAUCUUCCAUGGAAAUCUUUUGGUUCCACCUUUAACAAUUUGAUAAUAGUAUUUUAAUUUUAAAUUCUUUUUUUUAAAUAAAUUCUCCAAGCAACUAAACUAAAUGUUUUUAGUUAUGCUGCUGCACUGAGUAACCUCACCAAGCACAGGCACCACGUGGGGACUGUGUUCUGCUAAAGAACAAGAAGCUGUAGGUCUUGUUUGUUUUGUUUCGUUGGUGCCUUAACCCAAGUAUUAAGUUCAGUUCUGUUGCACAAAAUUGAGUUGCUGCUUUUAGCUAAACUCUUUUUCAGAAUUAUACAAGAAUAUGUUUUGGUAAAUGACACAAAAGAUGUCAGAAUCCAUUCAGACUUUGCUUUGCAUGUGUAAUACCUUCUGUUGUGGUAUUUUCCUUACUGUUGCAUGCAAUAAUGGAAUUUACGUUAUCGAUCUCCAUGGUUUUGUGUAGAAAGAUUUGUUCUGUCACAUGGAAAUGAUGAUAUACAGCAUUUUGUUGAAGAGAAUUUGUUUGAAGCCAUCUCGCCAUGUUUGUAGAUGGGCGGGUAACGCUGUUGCAGUUCAUAUAGGUUUGUAGAAGCUGAAGAAUGUCCAGAAGAUGACACUGUGCCCAAGUCUGUAACAUGCUUUGUUUUUUGCACCAUAUCCUGACAUUCAAGGAUAUUUUCCUGUCGUUUAUAACUAUUUUGACACUUGUAUUUAAUUUCAACAGUUCUCGUAUUGAGAUUAUUUCUUCUCAUUUGUGGUUCUUGAAUACAACAUUGCUGCUCCCUGCUGGUUUAGUGGAAUGGGGUGGGGAAUGCCUUGCUUAAAACAGAACGUUGUGUAGAAGCCUUGUUAGUCUCAAGUGUCCGUUGAAGUGCUUUAUUUUUCUCUCUGUGUGGAGUGCAUGCAGACAGACAUCUUUGUUUUAACUCAAUUUGAGUUUUCUUGCCUGUUUGUUUAGAGUGAACGUUGCCUUGACUAAUUGCUGAAGCUACACUACAGUUGUUCUUAAUAAACUGCUGGAAAACA